CAAUUCUCACCCUUUCGGCCCUUUCUGGAGAGACGGCUCCCAUGAGCCUGCUACGACCCGGCCUCCCCCCUCCUCCCCCUCGAACCCUAGAAGAAGGCGAACGGCGACCGAUUCCGAGGAGCUGCAGCCGAUCGCGUCGCCAUGGGAAAUUCCUUCGUCUGCUGCGGCGCCUUGCCUGACGACGCCGACCAGACUCAGCAACCCAAGCCGAAGCCCAAGGCCAAGUCCAAGGAAGGCCUCUUCGCCCCUGACCUCGAUUCUUCGUCCAUCAACGUCCUCCGGGAAGUUGUGCCGCUCGGCCACCUCCGCAGCUGGAUCGGCGAUAAGUAUGUGCUCGGCGGGGAACUUGGCCGCGGGGAGUUCGGCGUCACCUUCCUCUGCACCGAUAAGGCGACGCGGGAGGCGCUGGCCUGCAAGUCCAUCUCCAAGCGGAAGCUGCGGACGGCCGUCGACGUUGAGGACGUCCGCCGGGAGGUGGCCAUCAUGUCCACCCUGCCUUACCACCCCAACAUCGUCAAGCUUCGCGCCGCCUACGAGGAUGCUGACGCUGUGCACCUGGUGAUGGAGCUGUGCGAGGGCGGGGAGCUGUUUGACCGGAUCGUCGCCAGGGGGCAUUACAGCGAGCGCUCGGCCGCGGCGGUGCUCCGGACGGUAGCUGAGGUCGUCAGGAUGUGCCAUGCCAAUGGCGUCAUGCAUCGGGAUCUGAAACCAGAGAAUUUCCUUUAUGCCAACAAGAAAGAGAACUCGCCGCUCAAGGCCAUUGACUUUGGCCUAUCCGUCUUCUUCCGUCCUGGAGAAAGGUUUUCAGAGAUUGUAGGAAGCCCCUACUACAUGGCACCGGAGGUGCUGAAGAGGAAUUACGGACCGGAGAUCGACAUUUGGAGCGCUGGGGUUAUCUUGUUCAUACUACUAUGUGGAGUUCCACCAUUCUGGGCUGAGACUGAGCAAGGUGUUGCUCGGGCAAUUCUCCGAGGGAUGAUUGAUUUCCAGAGAGAGCCAUGGCCACAAAUCUCAGAGAGUGCAAAGAGUCUUUUGAAGCAGAUGUUGAAUCCAGAUCCUAGACGACGGUUAACUGCUCAACAGGUGUUGGAACAUCCAUGGUUGCAAAAUGCCAAGAAGGCUUCCAAUGUUCCAUUGGGUGAUAUUGUAAGAGCAAGGUUGAAACAGUUCUCAGUGAUGAACAGAUUUAAAAAGAAAGCAAUGCGGGUGAUAGCUGAACAUUUGUCAAUUGAAGAGGUUGAGGUUAUCAGAGACAUGUUUAGGUUAAUGGAUACAGAUAACAAUGGCAAAAUAUCAUUUGAAGAAUUAAAAGCUGGCCUUCUAAAGGUUGGCUCUCAGUUGGGUGAAGCAGAGAUGAAGUUGUUAAUGGAAGCAGCUGAUGUUGAUGGAAAUGGUUUCUUGGACUACGGGGAGUUUGUCGCUAUCAUUAUUCACUUACAAAGAUUAUCUAACGACGACCAUCUCCGUAGAGCUUUCAUGUUUUUUGAUAAAGAUGGCAGUGGUUUUAUUGAAUCUGAUGAAUUAAGUGAGGCCUUGGCUGAUGAGUCUGGCCAGACUGAUAUCACUGUGCUAAAUGAUAUAAUACGGGAUGUUGACACUGACAAGGAUGGCCGAAUUAGUUACCCAGAGUUUGUUGCUAUGAUGAAAGCUGGCACCGAUUGGAGGAAAGCCUCUCGUCAGUAUUCGAGAGAGAGGUUUAAAAGCUUGAGCAUCAACCUCAUGAAGGACGGCUCCCUUUCACCAGAUAAAGACGCAAACCAUCCGUCAUAACAGUCUGGAUCCAUACAAUACGAGAGGUUUCACUGCAGGUGUGACAUGUGCUCGUCGAUGGAGCUAUUUGAGAUUGCAGUCUGCUAAGAUUUAUCUUUGCUAUUUGUUUUAUUUUUUCCACUGUACUAGUCUGUGACAUAAAUUGCUCAUUGGUUUUAUCGACUCGUGCCGCGAUAUUUUCUUUAUUUUACUUUUCUUUUUAGUGUUCGUAGGGCAGUUUGGGCUUUGGAGUGUCAAUUUCAACAUUCACUGCUUGUAUAGAUUGGAAGAAAGAAGAUUGCGACUGAUGUUCCUUGUAUGAUUUGGCACUAGACACUUGCUACCGUGUUUCAAAUGUGCAGCAGGCAGUCAUUUUUUCUAUCAAA